GUUAAGAUUCGGCACUCGCGUUAAAACAUAAACCCUAAGAAGAACCCUAAUUUCAAUCCCAAAUCUUAGUAUAUCCUCCUUCUCUGUUCCACUUCAUUGGCUAUCAAUGGAGGAGCAGGAAGAGCAGCAUCUACAGAUUCCCGAAACCUUCGUCUACGAAACUCUUAGUCCACUCUCUCUCUCCGCCGCUUCCGCCGACGAGUCUCCAGUUUCCGACCACCGCGAACCCUACUCAGUUUUCCGCAAUGAGAUUUCCUUAUCCACUGUCCAAUGCCCUUCGUCCGAUUCCAUCGCUCCUGAUUUCUUCUCCCUCGAUGUCGCUGGCGAAGCUCCCGGCCAAGACUCCUACCCCGAGCUGGUCGCCGCACCCGAGCCGAAAACGCCUGCUCUCGCGUCGGAGUCGAGGCUCGAGAGCGGUUGGUUUCGCGGCAACUGCAAAUUCAGGAGUCCCAUGCUUCAGCUACAUAAAGAUGGUUUUGCAAUUUGUUUAGUGAUGAUUGCUAAUUGCUAUGCAGAGAUAGUGGAUUUUUGUGAAUUUUUGUCACCCACUCCAGAAGAGAAAGCUGCACGAGACCUUGCUAUAGUAUCUGUAUUUGAAGUUCUAAAACAUAUUUGGCCUCACUGCCAGGUGGAAGUUUUUGGGUCUUUCAGGACAGGGCUGUACCUUCCAACUAGUGAUAUCGAUGUUGUGAUUCUGAAAUCAGGCUUGCCAAAUCCACAGAUUGGCUUGAAUGCAAUUUCUAGAGCAUUAUCACAAAGGGGCAUGGCUAAAAAGAUUCAGGUCAUUGGAAAGGCUCGUGUGCCAAUUAUUAAAUUUGUUGAAAAGAGGAGUGGUGUUGCAUUUGAUAUAAGUUUUGACAUAGACAAUGGACCCAAAGCUGCUGAUUUUAUUCAGGAAGCAGUGGUUAAAUGGCCACCACUAAGGCCACUGUGUUUGAUUUUGAAAGUAUUUUUGCAGCAAAGAGAACUAAAUGAGGUUUAUUCUGGUGGGAUUGGUUCUUAUGCCCUCCUUACGAUGCUGAUGGCAAUGUUGCGGAAUCUGCGCCUGGGCCAAGCUUCUGUGGAGCACAACCUGGGGGUCCUUUUGGUUCAUUUUUUUGAUUUCUAUGGACGCAAAUUGAACACGUCAGACGUUGGUGUGUCUUGUAAUGGGGCAGGCACUUUUUUCUUGAAGAGUACUAAGGGGUUUUCAACCAAAGGGCGGGGUUUUCUUAUUGGCAUUGAGGAUCCACAGGCACCAGAGAAUGACAUUGGGAAGAACUCCUUUAAUUAUUUCCAGAUUAGGUCAGCUUUUGCAAUGGCUUUCUCAACUUUGACAAAUCCCAAGAUCAUCAUGAGCUUAGGACCGAAUAGGAGCAUUCUUGGCACUAUAAUUAGACCAGACCCUGUCUUGCUAGAGCGUAAAGGGGGUUUGAACGGGGAUGUGACUUUUGACAGCUUGCUUCCUGGUGCUGGUGAGCCAUUACAACAACAGUAUGGAGAUCAGGAUAUGUUAUGCAAUUGGCAGUUAGAUUAUGAAGAUGAGCCACUGCCACGGGGAAUUGACACUAGUGCAGAGCCUAGCUCACGCUCUUCAACAAAGAAGAGAAAAUCUGCAUCAAAGGAGAAAUCUAGUAAGAAGCUAAAGGAAAACGGGGAUUUUAGGAUGAUCAGGAAUGAGAAGAAUGACACUAGAAAAGAGAAGAGUAUAAAAAAGAAAAGACAGAGAAAACCACUCCUUGGUGAUCCAUGGGUUUAGAAAGGAACAUCGAAGCACAAACGAAAAAUCAAAUUUGAGUCAAUGUUAUCACAUGACCCAAGGUGCGAGCUUUAUGCCUGCCCAUGGUGACUAGUGCCUUUACUAAUUAUUUGAAUGAGGGAAAGAAAAUAGAGAGGAGAAAAAAAAACACAAUGAUAUUUUUGUUUUGGUUGAAGGGAAAAUGAAAUAGAAAAGGAGAGAAAAGUUUAUUUUUA